UCGAGUUAUCAAUAGUCAGUUGUAAGUUAGUUAUUUCCACAAUGACCAGAUCAACCAGUUUUGUGAAUGACAUCAAAAUUGAAACAGUUAAUGCCAAAUUUGCCACUUCAAUUUUGAAUGAAACUUUAACCAAAUUAGCUCUGGUACAAUGCGCUGAACGUGCAAGUAAUCGAGGACAUGACGAGAAACUCAAAGAUACCACCACAGCAACGACAAAGAAAUUUACGAAAGAUUUGACCAACAUACGGCUAACGUUUCACAAAGUUAUCAGCGAUCUGAGAGAACAUCGAAAUUUCAUGGACUUUAGUGGAGUUUCGGCCGCUGAAAGUGAAUCAAACUUUCUGUUGGAAUAUGCUGCGAACAAUGUGGUGCUAAAUGAGCAAUGUGCAGCGAUACAGGAACUUCAGAAGGAUAUUGCCAAUUUUCAUGAACCCACAUCCACGGUGGACGAGAGCAUGCUAAAGUGUGCCAUUCAAAACAGAUUUAUCAAAAAGUGGGAGAAAGCGAGACGAGAUCAAAAUGACCACUACAAUCGGAUGCUCGUCAACAGUCUAGAAAAUGAAGUCAGGACUUAUGCAAGGAAUAUUGAGGAUGAAAAGCGAUGUAUGCUUGAAAUCGAAACGUAUAGUCAGGCUGAAAUGGACAUCCACAAGGCAGAGAGUAUACAGUGGACGGAGAAAUUUUACGUCGAUCUAAACAAAACGGAGAUCGACAUACAAGUAGCAUUAGCCGAUUUAGACCGAACGAAACUCAAUUAUGAGAAGACGUGUGAAGCGAUAACAGUUCGUGUGCAGGAAAUGAUCGAUUUUGUUGCUCUGAAAGAAGAGCGGGCUUCGCAGAAGGACAGUGCUAUGAUGAAGUUUCUCGAAAAGCAUCGAGAGCAUUUGCUUGCAAAAUGUCGAAUUUUCAGUGAAUCCAUUUGAUUGUCAGGUCAAUAAAUGGCACAAAUU